GGUGGCUUGCGCUGGGAUAUCUGCUUUGCCCAGGAGUUGAGAAGUGCACUCGACUCGUGAUGGUUCUCCUGUCACUUUGGUUGAUAGCAGCCUCUCUGGUAGAGGUUAGGACGUCAGCUGAUGGACAAGCUGCUACUGAAGAAAUGGUGCAAAUAGAUUUACCAAUAAAGACAUAUAGAGAGUAUGAGCUGGUGACACCAGUUAGCACAAACCUAGAAGGACACUAUAUUUCUCAUAUUCUUUCUGCAAGUCACAAAAAGAGGUCCACGAGGGACGUGGCUUCCAACCCUGAGCAGCUGUUCUUUAACAUCACAGCAUUUGGAAGAGAUUUUCAUCUUCGACUAAAGCCCAACAUUCAACUCAUAGCUCCUGGGGCUGUUGUGGAAUGGCAUGAGGCAUCUCCAAUGCCUGGGAAUAUAAGUGGCCCCCAGAGUGGUGAUGGACACGGAAGUGCUUCAGAAGGGACCUGGAGAAGAGAACCUUUGCAGACUAACUGUGCUUAUGUUGGUGACAUCAUGGACAUUCCAGGAACUUCUGUUGCCAUUAGCAACUGUGAUGGACUGGCUGGGAUGAUAAAAAGUGAUAGUGAAGAGUACUUCAUUGAACCCUUGGAGCGAGGUAAACAGAUGGAGGAAGAAAAAGGAAGGAUUCACGUCAUCUACAAGCGAUCAGUAGUGGAUCAGGCUGUCAGAGACAUGCCCAAGGACUUUUACUACCGAGGCUGACUUUCUACGCUAAGGAGAUUUCCCUGAGGAAAUGUGAAGGAAGGAUGUAAUAGUUCAGUACCUUUCAG